AUGGCAGCGACUUAUAUCUCGGGAGGGAAAGCUCGAAGUACAGACGAUAUAGGUGGUGAUAUCAACAAAAUAACGGACGAUGAGAAUUUUGGAAUGUUUACGCUGAAUGCUGGAGCUUCAAUGGAAGGAUUUCAUAAUAGUCCUGACUCAGUAAUCACGAACUUUGGACCUCCAUUUGCUGUGGUGUUCAUGAGCCAAAAAUCUCUGGAUGACUUCCGCGAUGCUUACACGGAUCUUUCCAAAGAGGUAUCAGUUCAUCACACCCUCUUGAAAUACAAAAUUUCGUCUAUUCAGGGUUACAAAUUACUAGCGAUUGAUUUAAGUUACGAUGGUCAAGUUGUUCCUACACUCACACCAGUGUUCGGUGCUAGAAAUGUGAAGGCCUUCACAAUUGCUGAAAAUAUGGACACAAUGUCAGCAUGGAUACAAGAUAGAAUUUGUCGGAUGUAG